AUGGGCUGCGGGCUGGGCUACGCGACGCUCCUCUGGCUAUCAUUAUUUGCCAUCGUCGUCUACGGCGCCGAGCCUCGCCCCGACCAGCACAGCUACCAUCAGUACGCAGAUGAUCACUAUCACCCCACUACCACAGAAGCGACUUUCGUUACUUCGGUCUGGAACACCUUCUUCUUCAUUUUUGGGGGAAUCUCCUUGAUUGUCGCCAUUUAUACGCCCUGCAUCUGCUGUUUCGGGAUCAUCUUCAUCAUAGGACGGAUGAUCGAUGAUAACUCGAGGCCCCGGGUUAUGCCCUGGUUGACACCACAGCCAGCGCCGGGCCAGUCACCUGCCACUACAGUAACCUGCCCAACUCCCUCGCCAACUACAGCCAUUAGCCCAGCUCCCCUGCCAAAGACCGUC